AAAUAGCCGAUGCGCGAACAGACAAUUUUACCACAGUUUCGAGUUUGCUACCAACGCGAGUGGUUUGACGAUAUUUAGUUCAAGUGGUGUUGCUGGUGUUUUCGAUUGUCGGUUCGUUCUAAUCGAAAGCAUAAAGAUAUAAGGAACGAGAAUGAUGGAAAAUGGUGAUUACCCCGGUCAAUACGACGAAGUGAAUUACAUGGAGCAAGAAGAAGAGUGGGAGCGUGAAGGUUUGCUGGAUCCUGCAUGGGAGAAACAACAAAAAAAGACCUUUACUGCAUGGUGUAACAGUCAUUUACGCAAGGCUGGGACAUCAAUCGAAAACAUCGAAGACGACUUCCGCAAUGGACUCAAACUUAUGCUGCUGUUGGAAGUGAUCUCUGGCGAAACUCUACCAAAACCCGACCGUGGCAAAAUGCGCUUCCAUAAGAUUGCCAACGUGAACAAAGCGUUAGAUUUUAUUGCGUCAAAAGGGGUAAAGUUAGUUUCUAUUGGAGCAGAAGAAAUCGUUGAUGGCAAUUUGAAAAUGACACUCGGUAUGAUUUGGACCAUUAUUCUUCGUUUUGCUAUUCAAGACAUUUCUGUAGAAGAAAUGACUGCUAAAGAAGGUUUGCUGUUAUGGUGCCAACGAAAGACCGCACCCUAUAAAAAUGUCAAUGUGCAAAACUUCCAUCUCAGCUUCAAGGAUGGUCUUGCUUUCUGUGCUUUGAUUCAUCGUCAUCGCCCUGAUUUGAUUGACUAUUCUAAACUUUCUAAAGAUAACCCACUGGAGAACUUAAACACAGCAUUCGACGUGGCUGAGAAGUUCUUGGAUAUUCCAAGGAUGUUGGACCCUGAUGAUCUGCAGAAUACCGCCAUGCCAGAUGAAAGAGCUGUCAUGACCUACGUGUCAUCAUACUACCAUUGCUUCAGUGGGGCACAGAAGGCUGAGACUGCUGCUAACCGAAUUUGCAAAGUAUUAAAAGUCAAUCAAGAAAAUGAAAGACUUAUGGAAGAAUAUGAACGAUUGGCAAGUGAUCUUUUGGAGUGGAUUCGUCGUACAAUGCCAUGGCUGAAUUCAAGACAAUCCGAUAGUACCCUUGCCGGUGUACAGAAAAAGCUUGAAGAAUACAGAACCUACAGACGCAAGCAUAAGCCACCACGUGUUGAACAGAAGGCUAAGCUUGAAACUAACUUUAAUACUCUGCAAACUAAACUUCGCUUGUCAAAUCGUCCAGCUUACAUGCCAACGGAGGGAAAGAUGGUAUCGGAUAUCACAAAUUCCUGGAAAGGUUUGGAACAUGCCGAAAAGGCGUUCGAAGAAUGGCUUUUGGCGGAAACUAUGCGACUCGAGCGGUUGGAGCAUUUGGCACAAAAAUUCAAGCACAAAGCUGACACCCAUGAAGAUUGGACAAAGGGCAAGGAAAUGCUGCAAUCGCAAGAUUAUCGGAACUGUAAGUUGAACGAAUUAAAAGCUCUCAAGAAAAAGCAUGAAGCUUUUGAAUCUGAUCUGGCCGCUCACCAGGACCGUGUUGAACAGAUUGCUGCCAUUGCUCAGGAGUUGAACUCCUUGGAAUAUCAUGAUUGCAUUUCUGUCAACGCGCGAUGCCAGCGUAUUUGUGAUCAGUGGGAUCGAUUGGGCGCUCUCACCCAACACCGUCGUCAAGGGCUGGAUGAAGCAGAACGUAUAUUGGAGAAAAUUGACUUGCUUCAUUUGGAAUUUGCCAAACGUGCUGCUCCAUUCAACAAUUGGCUGGAUGGUGCACGAGAGGAUCUUGUUGACAUGUUUAUCGUGCAUACUAUGGAAGAAAUCCAAGGUUUGAUUCAAGCUCAUGAUCAGUUCAAGGCGACUCUUGGAGAGGCUGAUAAGGAGUUCAAUGUUAUCGUUGGAUUGGUUCGCGAUGCUGAGACCAUUGUAAAACAAGAACAAGUCCCUGGUGGUCUCGUCAAUCCCUACACCACGCUGACUGCUGACACCAUCAGCAGAAAGUGGUCUGAAGUGAGAGCGUUAGUUCCUCAGCGUGACCAAACGUUAGCAAAUGAGCUAAGAAAGCAGCAAAACAAUGAAAUGCUGCGCCGACAAUUUGCUGAAAAAGCUAAUGCUGUUGGUCCAUGGAUUGAGCGACAAAUGGAUGCUGUUACGGCUAUUGGAAUGGGAAUCUCUGGUUCGCUUGAAGAACAGCUGCACCGUUUGAAGGAGUAUGAACAGGCUGUAUAUGCAUACAAGCCAAGCAUCGAGGAACUAGAGAAGAUUCACCAGGCUGUACAGGAGUCAAUGAUUUUCGAGAAUCGAUACACGCACUAUACCAUGGAGACAUUGCGGGUUGGCUGGGAACAGCUUCUGACUUCUAUCAACAGAAAUAUCAACGAAGUUGAAAACCAGAUUCUUACUCGAGAUUCCAAGGGUAUCACGCAGGAACAAUUGACAGAAUUCCGCUCCAGCUUUAAUCAUUUCGAUAAAAACCGAACCGGCCGUCUUGCGCCAGAGGAAUACAAGUCAUGCUUAGUGUCACUAGGAUACUCCAUUGGCAAGGACAAACAAGGCGAUAUGGACUUCCAGCGUAUUCUAGCCGUGGUGGAUCCAAACAACUCUGGAUACGUUCAAUUUGAUGCGUUCCUCGACUUCAUGACAAGAGAAAGUACCGAUACAGAUACUGCCGAACAAGUUAUUGAUUCCUUCAGAAUUCUUGCUUCUGACAAGCCCUACAUUUUGCCCGAUGAACUUCGUCGUGAGUUGCCUCCAGAUCAGGCCGAAUACUGUAUUCAGAGGAUGCCGCCAUAUAAAGGACCAAACGCCAUUCCUGGAGCUCUCGAUUAUAUGUCGUUUAGUACUGCGCUUUAUGGAGAAAGUGAUCUGUAGAUAUAAGUAAUCUAGAGAGCAUGAGAGAGAGAGAGAGAGAGAGAGAGAGAGAGAGAGAGAGAGAGAGAGAGAGAGCUAUUCAUACAUUGAAUAGAGAAUACAAAAGUGAAAGCCACCUGUUACGUGCUAUAUACUGUGUAUCUUAAAUAAACAACCUAUUGAAAAAAGGUAUCGAACGCAUUCAUACCGCGUCUUGUGAACAGAAUUUAGAAAAAAUAACAAUUUGAGAAAUUCGAGACAUAGCAAAUGGUUAAUUUUUUUUUCUGUGUGAAUAGCUCUCACAAACUCUCAAAUCCAUGUUUGACAGAAUGACAUCAAUCUUAAAAAACAGGCCAUACACGCGCUGUAUUGUUCUUUUUUAAGCCAUACAAAACAAGAACAACAUAAGAUCAAGAGGGAGGGAGAGAGAGGGCAAAGUUUUAAAAUGUGUGAAGCGAUUUUACCGGAAAAUAUAAUAGUUUUUAUUUUUA